AGCAUCCUAACCUUUCCUUUCAGUCUGUCUGGAAUCCCUGCUCCGGUGCACAGCUCUCUAGCAAUGGCUUUCUGGACGGCAGUUCUCUGUGCGCUGUUAGUCUCAAUUCUCGGUGGGCUAUAUCUCCUGGGAGCGUUUCGAAGGAGGAGACCCAUGGAGCCGCCACUGGAUAAAGGCCACAUUCCGUGGCUGGGGUACGCACUGGAUUUCAGAAAGGACAGCGCAGCGUUCCUGAAAAAAAUGCAGAGGAGACACGGGGACAUUUUCACGGUGCUGAUUGGAGGCUACUACUUCACCUUCCUAAUGGACCCCCUCUCUUUCGGAGCCAUAGUGAAGGCGCCAAGAGCCAAACUCGACUUUGAGGCGUUUGCAGUAGAACUGGUCUCCAGGGUUUUUGGGUAUCACCCGUGUAAAAGUGACCAUAAGAUUAUUCAGGUGUCAAGCACAAAGCACCUGAUGGGAGAUGGACUAGUGGUCAUGACUCAAGCCAUGAUGGAGAAUUUGCAGACCCUCAUGUUUCACAACAGGGACUCAGGAGAAGAGAGACCCUGGCAGCAGGAUGGGCUCUUCCACUACAGCUACAACAUUGUCUUCAGAGCUGGCUACCUGGCUUUGUUUGGAAACGAGCCAGGCACAGGCACACAGAGUGAGAAGAAAGCCAAGGAGCGUGAUCUUAUGCAGUCCGAAGAGCUGUUUGAUGAGUUCCGGAAGUACGACCGCCUCUUCCCCCGCCUGGCCUACGCCGUGCUGCCCCCAAAGGAUAAAAUGGAAGCGGAGAGGCUGAAGAGGCUCUUCUGGAAGAUGCUUUCUGUGAAGAACAGCCGUGCGAAGGAUAACAUGAGCGGAUGGAUAAGCGACCAAGAACAGUUCCUGGCAGAGUUUGGGGUGCCUGAGUACAUGAGGGAUCGGUUCAUGUUUAUGCUUCUCUGGGCGGCCCAAGGCAAUACGGGCCCAAGCUCUUUCUGGCUUCUCUUGUAUCUCAUGAAGCAUCCCGAAGCAAUGCAGGCUGUGAGGGAAGAAGUGGACAAAGUUUUAGGAGAGGCUGGUCAGGAAGUGAAGCCAGGCAGCCCCAUGGUUAACAUCACCAGGGACAUGUUAAUGAAAACCCCUGUUCUGGACAGCGCAGUGGAGGAGACCCUGCGCCUGACAGCAGGUCCCAUUCUGAUCAGAGCAGUGGUUGAGGACCUGAAUCUCAAGAUGGCCAAUGGCAGGGAAUACGCCCUCCGCAAAGGGGACAGGGUAGCCCUGUUUCCCUACGUCGCAGUGCAGACGGACCCCGAAGUCCAUCCUGAGCCUCACACCUUCAAAUACAACCGGUUCCUGAACCAAGAUGGCACCAAAAAAUAUUUCUACAAGAAUGGGAAAAAGCUGAAAUACUUUAACAUGCCCUGGGGGGCAGGAACCUCAAUCUGUCCUGGACGGUUCUUUGCUAUCAAUGAAAUAAAACUGUUUGUGUUCCUGAUGUUGUCUUACUAUGACUUGGAGCUAGUUAACGAGAAAGAAGAGAUCCCUCCGAUAGACGUGAGCCGAUGGGGAUUUGGUUUGAUGCAGCCCACUCACGAUGUCCAGUUUAAAUAUCGUCUACGUAUUUAAUGUGAAAACGUGACCCUCUUCUGCUGCAGAAAUUCCCUUAUCUCCUGUUCCAGACUUGUGAGGAGCUGUGUAAAUGAAUGCCUGCUGACAUGCAAAGAAAACAAGAGUGUUAGUGUAUUUCCUGAAGGAAAAUAGGAACAGGGAGAGUUUCCUUAGCAUGGAUUUAUGGGUUUUUAUUUCUUCCACUCUUCUUAUUGUAAAUCUGAAAUAUCUGACUGUGCAUUUAGAAAUAUACUGAAUGGUCAUAGGACAAAUACAUUCUUUAUACAUGGGUUAGGAACAAAGAUUCCGGGGAUUAAUUAAAAAUUGUCUUGACUAUAAUCCUGCUGUACUUUGCUACAUUUUAUUUUUAUUAAAAGAAUGCUGUCAGCCUA